CAGAUGGAGUGAGUUCCAGUCCAGAUGGCCUCAGGUGUUUGCACAGCAAGAUGAGGGUGGUUUGGAGAACUGCAUAAGAGGAAGGAGGGGGCCACAGCUGAUUGCUGUGUCCCCAAAGACUGAGCUUUCUGCUGUCCACCAUGGCUAGAAGUGGAGAGGCUCUGCCACAGGGCAGCCCAGCAGCAGUCCAGGAUCCCCACCUCAUUAAGGUGACAGUGAAGACACCCAAGGAUAAGGAAGAGUUCUCAGUUAUGGAUACAUGCACCAUUCAGCAGCUGAAGGAAGAGAUAUCUCAGCGCUUUAAGGCCCACCCCGAUCAACUGGUCCUCAUCUUUGCCGGCAAAAUCCUCAAGGACUCUGACUCGCUGGCACAGUGUGGAGUACGAGAUGGCCUCACCAUUCACCUGGUCAUCAAGAUGCAGCGCCACUCCAUAGGUACUCAGUGCCCAGCUGCUUCAGUCCCUACCCCAGGUCCAAGGCCUGGAUCUCUCCCCCAGCCAAGCUCCAUUUACUCUGUAGAUGAGCCUCCCACCUUCAGCUUAGAUGUCCUCACUGGGCUGGGCCUGAUGCCUGGUAGCUUCCCUGACCAGCCAAGUACACUGAUAGGGCAGCAUGUGUCACUGCCUGAACUUUUGGCUGAGCUGAUUGAUGACCCUUUCAUCCAGGGUCUGCUGUCCAACACAGGACUGGUACGCCAGCUGGUUCUCGAUAAUCCUCACAUGCAGCAGCUGAUCCAGCACAACCCUGAGGUUGGACAUAUUCUAAACAACCCUGAAAUCAUGCGACAAACCUUGGAGUUUCUCCGUAACCCUGCCAUGAUGCAAGAGAUGAUGCGUAGCCAGGAUCGCGCUCUCAGUAACCUGGAGAGCAUCCCUGGUGGCUACAAUGUGCUUCGUACCAUGUACACAGAUAUAAUGGACCCAAUGCUUAAUGCAGUACAGGAGCAGUUUGGUGGCAAUCCUUUUGCCACUACCACUACUACUAAUAUCAGUAGCAGCAGUCAACCUUCAAGGACAGAGAAUUGUGAUCCGCUUCCCAACCCCUGGACUUCCAUGUAUGCAGACUCAGGUGGCAGACAAGGAAGGCAACCUGGAGGCCAGGACACAUCUGAAACUAGAAACAGAGUCCCAAGCUUUCUGGGUAACAUAGGGCUCUAUCAUUAUCUGCAGCGAUUACAUGAGACACCCCAGUCCCUAGGGACCUGUCUUCAGGGGACUGCAUCUACCCACAGCCCAAGCCAGGAACCACCAUCAUCAGGAAACAGAGUUCCCUCAACUUCAUCCUCAUCCCAGGACAGUAGGUCAGGCCAGCCUCUUCCGAAGGAGUCAGUAGCAAUCAAGGGAAAUUCCUCUUGUCCAGCUUUCCUGAGAUACCAGUCAGGGAGCAAUACUGGGCAAGGUGGAGGCCAAAAUGCUGCAGGGAAGAACUCUACUGGCCACAGCUCUAGCAUGCCUGAUCUUGUGUCUGGGCUAGGCAAUUCUGCCAACGUGGCUUCGUUUGUUCCUUCGCCACCUUCUCCUAUGACUGCAGCUCCUGGUGUCCCUCACUCUCCCUGGCUUCCACCACCAGGUCAUGGAAGAUCUAUGAGACCAGCUGGUAUAAAUCAGGCUUCACAGUUGCAGGAUGAGAUGCAUCAACAACUACCACUACUGCUGAACCUUCAAGCAGCCAUGGGAACCCCCCGUGUGCUGCAAGCCCUGCUGCAGAUUGAACAGGGUCUGCAGAUCCUGGCUACUGAAGCACCUCACCUCCUACUCUGGCUCAUGCCUUGCCUAGCAGGGGUGGGUGGUGUGGAAGAAGGUACACAGACUAGAGAAGUUUCCUUUAUGUCCGAGCAUCCCCAGCCAACUCCCUCUUUUCAGGUUUCCCCUGGACAGGGCUCUACAGAGCCAAGUUUCCAUUCUUCUCCUUUCCUCCAGAUGUUGCAUGCCAUGGCUGGUGCCAAUCCCCAGCAGUCACAUCCCGAAGUUCAUUUCCAGGUCCAACUGGAGCAACUGAGGGCCAUGGGCUUUCUAAAUCCUGAAGCCAAUCUCCAGGCCCUCAUUGCCACAGGGGGUGAUGUAGAUGCAGCUGUGGAGAAGCUGAGGCAGUCAUAGGAGCACAAGUUUACAGACCUUAUCUUUUCCUCCGUGCCUUUCCCUUAUAUCCUAUUACCCAAGCUCUGCCAUGCUUGAAUACAGUGGUGCUAUAAACCAGAAUUACUAUGAUGGCCUUUAAUGUGGCUCCAGAUACUAUGGCUCCAGAGUCAAUGAGGAAGAAGAGUCAGAUGUGUGUGUAGAGGGGUUUGCUGUAUAUGACUCAACUACCCCCACCACUGUACUACUGUGGAGGCCCCAGCCUGAGCUCCCUGUAUGCCAAUCUUGAGAUUAAAUUACAUGCAAUCUCCAGG